AUGGGUACAACACCCAAGGCUGACCGUCCAAAUAGCCACCAUGAUCAUGCUGGCGGUAAUGAAGGGAUUCUCAAACAAUUUGGCAAACUUUCGGUGAUUGGCGGGAAAGACUGUGCCCAUGUCACCCAAACACCCGAGCACGGUGAGAAGUUCAAGAUUGGGGAGCGGAUCACUGUUACCGCUUUACACACCCCUUGUCAUACUCAAGACAGCAUUUGCUAUUUUGCCGAAGAUGGGAACGAGCGCGUCGUAUUUACCGGCGAUACUCUAUUCAUUGGAGGAUGCGGAAGAUUCUUUGAAGGCAAUGCAACAGAAAUGCACAAGGCACUCAAUGAAGUGCUUGCCUCGCUCCCGGACGAUACCAGAGUAUAUCCUGGACAUGAAUAUACCAAGUCAAAUGUGAAAUUCUGCUCCACGGUUUCCCAGUCAGAAGCUGUUAAGAAACUGGAGGAGUUUGCCAAUAACAACCAGCAAACCCAAGGAAAAUUCACUAUCGGUGAUGAGAAGGACCCUAAAAUUCAAAAGGUAGUAGGGGCAACUGAACCGGUUGAGGUCAUGAACCGUUUACGAGAGAUGAAGAACAAGAUGUAG